AGGGGCAGAGACAGCAAUCGAGAGAGGCUGGGACCUCGUGAGACUCACAGGAACGAGACGAGCUGCUUUGACGUGGCGCUCUACCAACAUGGGUUCUUCUUCACCAAGGAGUACAGUGAGGAAGUGUACGGCCCAAAGGCCAAGCACGUCUCAUUUCACGACUUCUUCAAGUACAAGUACCAGAUCAACAUAGACGGCACCGUGGCCGCCUACAGAUUUCCCUACCUAAUGGGCGGGGGCUCCCUCAUUCUCAAGCAGGACUCUCAGUACUACGAGCACUUCUACCGCCACCUCCGACCCUGGGUCCACUAUGUCCCAGUCAAGAGAGAUCUCAGCGACAUUGUUGAGAGAUUGCAGUGGGCACUGGAUCACGAUGAUGAGGCAAGAGCGAUGGCCGGCAAUGCCUACCAAUUCCUCCACGACAACCUACUGCCAGAGCAUCUCUACUGCUACAUAGCCAGACUCCUCAGCCACUACUCAGAGCUGAUAGUCGGGACACCGGCUGUCCAUCCAGGGAUGGAGUCCGUCGUCCCUGAGACACCUCACGACUGCUCCACAACCUGCCAGAAGUUGAGGUCCACCAGACGGCAUGCACAGGGGGACAGAGAUGAACUCUAGCAGGACACAAACCAAGUGAUAUAUACAUCAUGUCAACAAAACUGCAUAUUUUCUCACUUAUCUGGUGACUGCAAAAAUCAUUUGUGGAAUAAGGAAUAAAAAGCCAAGUAAACUGAAAGUUCGAUAUAAAAGUGAGGAGUUUCUUGGCUACUUGGUU